AAGCUAUAACUACCCUAAAGUGCUUGCAGUCUAUUGUAAAUAUUCAGUCACAGGCCAGCACAAGAAGAUUUGGAACGGUGGAAGGCACUUGGAAUUAUGAUGAAAAUAAAGAAUUGCAGAAUUGGAAAGACAAGAUAACAAGGACACAAACAAUCAAAGAAGGUGGAAUGAUAGUGUAUUGUCAAAGGAAGAGGCCGAUGCAUUAUUUAUGAGUAAGAAAGAGGCCAUAAAUAAGAGAGAGCGAAUAAAGGAAUACUGGUUUAGCCAUCGGAAGUCGGCAGAAACAGAUCGAAACAAGGUAAACGGAAGAUGGAGAUACUGGUUGGACCAAUGGGUAGACACACAAAUUACUAAAAGUAGAGAACUUGAAGAUUUGGACUCAGUUUUGACUUCAAAUCCAAGACAAACAGAUGACUGUGGAAGAAGACAACUUAAGCUAAGAAAUGUUAUGGGACAGAAUAAUUUUGAAGGAUUGGAUUCUCCAAUAUUUGUUCCCAAAAGAUCAAUUCAUCAUAGGAGGCAAUGCUCAUUGGGAGACCAUAAUACUUUGUCAAGCUCUCCUGUUCCAACUUACAUGGCUGCAACUGAAUCUGCAAAGGCAAAAGCGAGAUCAAUGAGCUCACCAAAAACACGGCUCAGGAAUUUCGAUACAUGCUCUGAAAGCUAUUCACCAUAUAAGAAUAAGUUGUCUCUCAUAUCCUCUAUUACUACUGAAGUGCCAAGUGGUGGCAGGAUAGACAAGACUAAUGGUUACCAGCAAAGAUCUCCUAACUUCAAAGGCCUUCCAGGUCCUAUAAAAUCCAGACAGAUGGUAAAGGAUCUCAGCUUUAACUCAGAGUGCUCAUUGCAGAUUUGGGAUAGACAUGGUGGCUUCAGAUAAUUUCAGAUGUUUGGUUUAAAAAGAGAUCUUGGUUAGUGUGUUAGGUUGGAGUGGAGAACAUAGUCUGUAAUUUAAUAGAGUUUAAAUAGUUAAUAAUGGGAUGCUAUUUCAUCUCAUUAUUAAAUGAGUAGCUUACAGUAAUGCUACACAAUUGAUUGACACACAGAUAGUCUCUUUUCCUAUCACAA